AUGGUCAAAGACACAAGCACCGUCAUCGACGAAUUCAACUCCCUCGUCAACAUGUCCGCCAACGAACUCCGUUCCUGGCUGAAAGAAGAGACCUCGCAGUCCUCAGGCUGGAAGAACGAGUCUGGCGAUGGCGAGACGGUCGGGCAUGAGAGCGGCCGCAAAAUCGUCUCGAUCCUCGAGCAUAACCCGUCCAAGGACGUCGAUGGGUACUCGGACGAAGAUGUCGAGCAUAUGCGCCGGGUUGUCUCGUACUGCAAGAGGCAUCUGGCGCAGGAGGAGAAGGCGAAGACCGAUACGGGGAGCAGGAGUUAUCGCAGUUUGAAGAAUUGGGGGCAUGAUGCGUUGAAGGAGUAUCCUCGUCCUGCUCUCCGCCACUGUGCCAUCCCCAUCCCCAUCCCCAUCCCCAUCCCCAUCACCAGUCCAAGAACCCCCAUUCCCCCGCGUCUCGCUGUCGCGCUCACUCCCGCUCAGCGCCUCCAGCUCAAUCGUCGUCGUACUCGUAAGCAGCACCUCGUCGCCCUCAGGACCCGGUCUGAACCGGCGCGCCCGCGGCCCCAAGCCACCGCGGUCAUGUUCAUCGUCGAGGACCGUCACGGUGCCGGUGCGCGUGCGCCUGGCGGUGACGGUGAGUGCCGCGCGCAGCAGGCGACGACGACGAGUCCGCCCCUGUCAACCCAGGCCCAGGCCCAGGCCCAGACGCACUCGCACUCGCACUCGCAGGGCCAGACGUAA